CUUUGGCACUCGUUACUAAAACUAAAUUCUUUUGUUUUGUUUCUGUGAUUCUAGUUUAUAACUCAGAGCAUAAUUAUUGCCAUAAAUAUAUUCUUUGAUUAUUGCUCUGAGGGUAUAAAAAAUAAAAUUAUAAUACAGAGUAAAAUAAAUACUAAUAGGUGAUACAAUUGAAAUUUAUAUUAUUUUAAAGUAGUGAUUAGAGUUAUACAGUAUAUUGUAUCACUUGUAUGCGUUGUAGUAUAAAAUAUAAUUGGCCGUUAUUAGUAUUAAAUUCACAAAGCAUGUCUGUUCUCGGCUCAGUCGUACAUUGGUUUCGGUUAGAUUUAAGGGUUCACGAUAAUCUUGCUUUACGUAAUGCAAUCAAUGAGGCUGAAAAUCGGAAAAACUUUUUGAGACCAAUUUAUAUAAUAGAACCAGAUAUUCUUAAACAGAUUCGUGGUAACAGACUGCGAUUUUUAAUCCAAAGUCUUCAUGACUUAGAUGCAAACCUACGAAAACUAAAUACCCGCCUAUAUAUUGUUAGAGGAAAAACUAGUGAAUGCCUUCCAGAACUGUUAAAAAAGUGGAAUGUGAAAUAUUUGACAUUACAAGUUGAUAUUGACCCAUUUUAUAUAAAGCAAGAUGAAGUCGUUGAAAAUUUUUGUGAUAAAAAUGAUAUAUUUGUAGUAAAAAGAGUUCAACACACAGUAUAUAACCCUCAAACUGUUCUAAAGAAAAAUAAUGGUAAUGUCCCAUUGACAUACCAAAAGUUUCUUUCAUUAGUUAAUGAUAUUCAAGUAAAAGAGUGUAUUGAAAUAAAAAAAGAAAUAUCAGAGGAUUGUAAGUCUUCUGAUUUUAAUUCCAAGUCUUAUGAUGUGCCUAGCUUAACAGAAAUAGGAUUAGAUGAAUCUUCAGAUUUUAAAUAUCCCGGUGGGGAAAGUGAAGGCUUGAAAAGACUUUUGACAUAUAUGGCUAAGAAGCAAUGGGUUUGCUCAUUUGAAAAACCAAAUACAUCACCUAAUAGUAUUGAACCAAGUACAACAGUAUUAAGUCCAUAUAUUAGCCAUGGUUGCUUAUCUGCUAGGUUAUUUUAUCAUAAGUUGAAGCAAGUGGAAAGUGAAAUGAGACAUUCUGAACCACCGGUGUCAUUGUUGGGUCAGUUAAUGUGGAGAGAAUUUUAUUAUACUGCUGGUACUGGCACAGAGAACUUUGAUAGAAUGGUUGGCAAUUCUUUAUGUACACAGAUACCUUGGGGCAACAACAAAGACCAUUUAAAAGCUUGGUCUGAAGGUAAAACAGGUUACCCAUUUGUUGAUGCUAUCAUGCGUCAAUUGACACAGGAAGGUUGGAUUCAUCAUUUAGCAAGACACAUGGUCGCAUGCUUCUUAACCAGAGGAGACUUAUGGGUCUCUUGGGAAGAAGGUGCAAAAGUUUUUGAGGAUCUGUUACUUGAUUAUGAUUGGUCUUUGAAUGCAGGAAAUUGGAUGUGGCUAUCAGCUUCAGCAUUUUUUUACAAAUAUUUUAGAGUAUAUAGUCCAGUGGCAUUUGGCAAAAAGACUGAUAAAGAUGGUUUAUAUAUAAAAAAAUAUGUACCAGAGUUAAAAAAAUUCCCAUCAGAAUAUAUUUAUGAACCCUGGAAAGCACCUCAAUCAGUACAAAGGGCUGCUGGUUGUAUAAUAGGUGAGAAUUACCCUAAAAGGAUAGUUGAUCAUGAUAAGGUACAUAAAGAAAAUAUGAAAAAAAUGUCAGAAGCAUAUAAAAUUAACAAAGAAAAGAAAGCUCUAAAAAGACCUAGAUCUGAUUAACUAGUUUAAGUAUAUUUAAUAUUUAUACAAGGAGACCCGGAUAAAUAUUUUUUACCAAAAUCACUAAUAGAAUCUCCGAAAACAAUAAUAGAUGGCACAUCUAAAUAAAACAAAUUUGUCUAUGUCACUGUUAUUUAUAUAUAUUUUUUUAAAUCUAUUAUUUUAAAAUGUUUAACAUAUUUUUUGUCAAAAGUGGAAAAAAAUAGUGACACACUGUUAGACUCUAUUUUCAGCAACAAAAGCACACUAAAACAAAGUGACCAAUGAAUCUUGAGUUUAAGAUGAAGCUGUCAUGAACACUAAAGAUAUAAAAUGUCAUGUGUUGACUAAUAGCUAGAGGGUCUAUCUAGAUGAUUAAAUUGUCUAAGGGUGAUAAGAUCAUUUUUGACAAAGAAAUAUAGAAUUUAUGGUGUUCUGAACAAAAUACACCUUUGAGUUUUAAUAAUUAAUAGAGAUUGCUAGUUUUGUAUGUAAUAUAAGAAGUGUGGUAUUUGGAACAUUAUAAUUGUUAUAGGUUUAUUGUUUGAUUGUACAAAUAUUUUAAUUUUAUAUAAGUAUUUUUGGUAUAUUACAUGUAUUAAUAAAAUAUCUUAAGUGCAAUGAU